GCGGACCCCACUUGAGAGAUCUAUUGACGCCCUAUCCUCCGGCAUGGCAGACAUCACAUCCGAGCAACGGAAGGCCAUGCUGGACGCAGCGGCCGAGAGCGAGAAACCUUUCUUUCAGAAACUUUAUGAGGACGCAAUGCACAGAGAGAGGGAGGCAGAGGCAGCAGCCAAAGCCAAAAGUAUUGCUACACAAGUGGCCCUCCUCGAGGUUCCGGAAUCUAGUGAUGACCGGUUCCAAGAGAAGCUAGCUGUUGUUGUAGCAGCCUUGGUUCAACUACGAACCUUGGAAGAUCUUGAGUCUCGUGUGACAGCUCUAGAGCAGCAGAACCAAGAGCUUCAUAUUGAGAUAGUCAGCCUCAAACAGUCCCAACUGUCUGCCCCCCGUCCUCCUAAUCCACGACUUGUUGCCGUCCCAGUCUCUCACCUUAACACAGUCCUCAUGCCAAGAGCAAGUGGAACUGUGACGAGCACAGGAACCGAUGCCAGCUCCUCAAGCGGCAGCGCCGACAGUUUUGCACUGGUCUCAAUCCCAAAUGCAGGAACAUUAGCACAAAACGCCGCAGUUCUUAAAGGCGUACAAUACAGCAGUCCCGUAGUGGACAAGAGGGCGGCCACACUGUCCUCCAAGUACGACGGGAAGGGGGGCAUCACCUCUUGGAUCAGCUCUAUGCGCUCAUACUUCGAGGUACUGCGAACACCGCAGGAAGACCGAAGCAUGAUCAUGGGCACACAUAUUGAGCCCGCCGUACGGAGCUUCAUAGAACUCCAAGUUGUUACUGCAGGUUAUGAGAGGAUUGACCUGACUGAGUGGCUGAAAGUAACUCUUGUACGUAUUCUUGAGGACUUCCUCAUCGCGCAAUAUCAAGAUAAGCACGUUGCGCUCAAGGCAAGGCUAAAGCCUGAGGCCCUUAAGGGCCAACAGUGGAGGACUUCCAUGCAGGCUUUGGAGCAGCAUUUGACUAGGUUGUUCACCACUCCAAACCUGGGAUGGACUGACGUGUCUUGCAUGGAUGUAGUUAUGGGCAUGUCCCCUUAAGGCUAUGUCUCCCAACUAGCACUCAAGGACCAUACGACUUGGCGUGAGCUACUGCCGAAUCUA